UUCUGUACGAAUCCUCAGCGAAGGAUGUUGAAUUUAUUAAGUGUUGUGAUGGAAAAGAAAAAUUUGUGCGUUAAACAGAGUGAUUUUAGUAUCGAUCACAUUCUCAACAGAGCUGGAGAGAAUGUCAGGAGGAGGCAUGAGAUUCAGGAAGUGUCUUUUAUUGAUCAAUGGCAAGGAUGUUCUUCACAAUACCAUCCGGAGAAAUCUGUUGACUUACAUAGCCAUACUCCUCACCUCAAUUGGCUCCAGUACACGAGAUACCAUCCCCCAAAACUGCCAAGACCUCUGCGAUUGGGACCAGUAAAGAGGACUCCUGGAAGACUCCCCCGUGUUCCCUUCACUGUAGAACAGUUAGCAGCCCUGGAAGAAGCCUACAGAGUUUCCACUUACCUGAGCUCCGAGGAUGCCAACAAUCUCGCCCAGAAAUUGAAUCUUUCCUGUGUUCGUGUGAAAAUCUGGUUCCAGAAUCGCCGAGCUCGGGAGAGGAGAGAGAGACGCAAUUGUGAUAGUGGUACCAGUCCACCAUGUGAAAAUAAAGAACUGAAUUAA